AUGGGUGUCAGCGAAGAGAACAAGGCCAUUGCCGAGGCAAAGAGAAAGGCGGGCAAUGAUGCGUUUGCCAAGAAAGAUCUCGACGAGGCUGUACGCCUCUAUUCUGAGGCAAUAGAGCUGGACCCAUCGAGCUACAUCUACCGCUCCAACCGAAGCGCGUGCUACGCUCUGCAGGGGAAGCACGAGAUGGCCAAGGAGGAAGCGGAAGCGUGCAUCAAAAUCAACCCGGACUUCACCAAGGGUUACUAUCGAUUGGCGACGGCUCAGACCGAAAUGGGGGAGAUGGACGCUGCGCUGGAGACGGUGAAGGCCGGCCUAGGGAGGGAUCCAAAGCAAGAAUAG